ACUAACAGCCUUCAAACACUUGCACCUCAUUCACCCAGAAAUGCAAAAUUCUGCCCUCUAGACAGUGCAUUGGUACGCCAUCGUAUCAGCAAGUGAAUGAGGCAAAAUUGGUAAUUCCGAGGUUUACACAUAUACUACUCUCUAGCAUCCUACAUACCUUGACACAUAGUCAAGUGCUUACUAUCCCCUUCUUGUCAUUUUCACUGUACCUGUCUCAGACGCUAAAACCAUCGGUGUUCACUCUCAAGUAGGAGAAAAGAAAAAAGGGACACUAAUGGGCCCUGCUGCACAUUACUUUAUAGACUGGGAAUGAAUAUGUUGAGAAUAUUACAUAUCUCCACUUGAAUCCUCGCUGGGUCGGUCCAAGUGUCUGGCACUUUUUGGGUAUAUCCUAAUCCUGUCUUUUCCGCCUCUAUACCUCACCCAAGUGGAUCGGGUCCCGUUAUAUAUUUCGAACUCCAAUAUACUAAUAUAUAUGGUACAUUCCUUCCCAAACGAUUGAAUACCAAUCUAUCUUACUACUUCAUUGAUACGCAAAUUCGAGCCGGGAGCUUCGAAACAGAUCGGUAUAUAAUAUGGCUCAUAUCGUCGACAGCAUAGCCAAUGCUGCGAGCACUAUUGGCUUAAAUAACUUAAUAGCUCGUGAACUGAGUGUAUCCCCUUCAGCUCAGGAUCUUGUAUGUCAUUCUCUUCAUGAUUAAGCUGGUUCUUGCUCACAUUAUAUUUAGCGUUUAGAAGCUCCAGUUACGGAAGAGAAAGAAAAACACAUUUGGCGAAUGCAUCAACCUAGCGAAGCACCACGGAAAUAUAGUAUAUUUCCAUUUAAAGAGAAAUUAUCGAUUAGCUCAAAUCGACAUAGCCCAAGUCCAGAAUCAGCUUCGACAUCGGUACCGGGAGAGAAGCAUAAUACUCAAAAGCCAAAAGAUCCGAGUAAACGAAGGAAAAUAAGUAUCACCGAAUUGGGACCCAUGACCACUGUACAUGAAGUUGCGAUGGAUUCUCGUGAGUACUCCAAUCAUUUCAGAGCAUGCAUAGGACUAACAUUGAAUAGCUACUAUUCCAGGACGACCUGCUUUACACGAAAGAUCCUUUAGUGCACCAGGUGGCAAAUGGAGGCAACAUACAUAUGGUGAAUCCUUAGCUUCAUGUAUUGAGGGACCAACUUUAGAUGAGGGUGCAGAGGUCGAUAGCCAAUUUAAUGAAGUCAACAAUUUUAAGACACAACGAUCAAAUUCCAAAAGCCGCUCACGUUCACCCUAUCAACCUCUUUCGCCAAAAUCUUUGGCCCCUCUUGUUAUCCCAUCUAGAAAUGCGCCAAUGCCACAAAGAGUGCGUACUAAAUCUUCACCAAGUACACUUAGAUCACCAACACCACCACAAGUUCCACCAAAGUCAGCUAGAAUGAUGGAGCAAUUCCCACAUCAUAAAUGUUCUCCUUUCACCCCUUCAUCUUCGAUGAGCCUUUCCACUGCAGCAACCACACCAAGUUCGCCACCAGAAGGACGUUCAUCUCCAAAGCCGUGGAUGAUGAAUUUUUUCUCCGGACGAUCCUCGCCCAAACCUGGGAAAAAUGGCUCAAGCAUCAUGCAACAACAAAGUGUAAAUUCCAGCAUAACCACUCUUCCUCUUCCAACCCCACGGCGACGCUCCCCAGGCCAUUCCCGCAAUCAAUCAGAAACUAUUCCUACAAAGCAGCAACGAUCCGAUUCUUUCUCCAAGGGUGCAUCUCAUCGACGCCGAGAAUCCGAAUCCAGCACUUCGAUAAUGGAUCGAGGAAGACCAAAGAAACGUUCUGAUGGAUCACCUAUCAAGGCUAUGUCUUCCAAACGAGCUCCCACUUUGGAGGAACAAUUAGCCUUUGAACAUUUACCCCAGGGAGUGAAGGCUGCUCAAGCGAGCUCCAAAUUAACCCAAACAGAAAUGGAGACGCUUAGAUGCCAGGCUAUCGGACAAGUAUGUCGAUUUGAAGUUCUCAAUUCAAAAGACGUGGAUGAUCUUUCAAGAGUAUGUUUUACCUCCCUCCCAUUAAAUCCCAGCCACUAACAUACGCAAAGGAACUCCGCGCCCUAGAUGAACGCUGUCUCUACCUCCGCAAAACGCACCGUUCUCUACGAGCCGGUCGUCGCAACCUUCACGAUCGCAUCUGUACAUAUCUCCGCUCACCUCGCACUGCCAAAUUCUCCCACGAUUCCAUCCUCAAACAAGAAGAAGCUCUCGCCGAACUCGACUCCUCUAUCGAUGACUGGGUAUCCAAACUCGACCAGGCCGAAAAUAGACGUACACGCGUGCGACAAAAGUUACUCGAACAUGUCGCCGCUGCAGUAUUCAUGCCUAUUACCGAACCUAACCAUACCAUCGCUCGAGAUUCCUUGACUAUGAAUACCAUCACACCACCACGAAGUCCGCCUCGAAGUCCCAUCAAGGGCAUAACACUAGUUUUAGAAACGCACGCUGAAGUCGACAUUGAAAUUGAAGCCGAGCCUGAAGACGAAAACGAACGACGACGACUUUCCGAAGCAGAAAUUAGGCAGAAAAAAGAAUAUCGCCAUAAAACCGUUGAAUCUAUUCGUAUCUAUGCUGAUUCGGAUGUUUUUGCUUUAUUGGCUGAUGUAGAGGAUGAGAUUAACAGGAUGGGUGAUUCGCCUUCUUCUGACGAUGUUCAAUUUGUUCUAGAAGAGAAGAUUGCAAAAUCUUCAUCAGAAGCGCGAUCUCCUCGUAAGGAAAAAUCUCAACAGAAAUCUCAAUCUGAUCCCCGGUCUUCACCUUCGGCUCCUAUGUCGCCGUUUUUACUUCGUCCGAUGGUUUUUACUAUGCCUUCUGGGAAACAAGGUGUUAAAGUUUAGGAAUCUGUUUAAUUAUGGCUUUUUUGGCGUUUUUCCCAUUUCCAUUUCCGUGUAAAAACUCUUAACGACUUUCACGAUUUCAUACCACUUGCUAUGACUAGUUGUUUCGUUUUUUUUUUU